GGCUCACUCAGGGGUGUUACUCAAGCCUGCGAAGAUGGCGACCACAGGCAGAAAUACACUCCUAUCGGCUAGCACAAAUGUAAAUAACAACACUUCCGAAAGCCAAAACCCCGAUGAAGAUGACGGACAGAAUUUAUGGUCGUCGAUAUUGAGUGAGGUAUCUACGCGUUCCCGAUCAAAAUUGCCUUCAGGAAAGAAUGUGGUGGUAAUGGGUGAGGUGGGGUCUGGGAAGACCACCCUUGUGGCCAAACUACAAGUUGUAGAGGAAUACAUGAAGGGACGGGGUUUAGAGUACCUGUAUUUCAAUGUUCAUGAUGACGACAUUGAUGAUCAUGCACGGUGUAAUGCAUGGGUGUUGGAUGGAGACCUGUAUCACAAAGGCCUACAGAAGUUUGCUCUGUCCACGGAGAAUCUGGCAGACUCACUGGUCCUGUUCGUGGUGGAUCUAUCCCGACCCUGGCUGGCCCUUGAUUCACUGCAGAAGUGGGGCAGCGUGGUGAGGGAUUAUUUGGACAAGCUCAGAGUGCCUCCUGAAACCAUGCGAGAGCUGGAGCACAGAUUGGUCAAGCAGUUCCAGGAGUAUGUGGAACCGGGAAGUGACCUGGAUGGCGUGCCCCAGAGAAGGAAUCCAGAAUCAGAGGAAGAGGGCAUCCUGCUGCCUCUGGGGGACAACACACUCACACACAACCUGGGCCUUCCUAUAUUGGUGGUCUGCACUAAGUGUGAUGCUAUCAGCACUUUGGAGAAGGAGCAUGAUUAUAAAGAUGAGCACUUAGACUUCAUCCAGUCUCACAUUCGACGCUUCUGCCUGCAGUAUGGAGCAGCAUUACUCUACACGUCCAUGAAGGAGAACAAAAAUCUAGACUUGUUAUAUAAAUACCUCGUACACAGGUUAUACGGCUUUCCCUUCAACAUCCCAGCUCAGGUGGUGGAGAAAGACUCAGUGUUUAUUCCAUCAGGAUGGGACAAUGAAAAAAAGAUUGCCAUCCUGCAUGAAAAUUUUCAGACAGUAAAAGCAGAUGACAACUUUGAAGAUGUAAUAGUGAAACCCCCAGUUAGAAAGUUUGUACAUGAAAAAGAAGUUCAAGCUGAAGAUGACCAAGUAUUUCUAGUAAAGUUGCAGUCUCUGUUAGCUAAACAGCCUCCAGUCACUGCAGGAAGGCCAGUUGACCCAACAAACAGAGCUCCUACCGGCUCACCGAGGACGACCAAUCGCUCCGCUGCAGCAAACGUGGCUAACGUCAUGCCCAUGCAAUCAGGUACCAAGAAGAUUGAUCCCAACAUGAAAGGAGGCCAGACCAGUGAGGGUGUGCUAGCUAACUUCUUCAACAGUCUGCUGACUAAGAAAGCUGGCUCGCCCGGCCAAGGUGGUCAGCCCACAGGUGGAGGGAGCAACACACCAGGAACAGUUCGCAAGUCAGAUCUUUGACAUCAGCGACGGCUCCAAGCUGGGGUUAACAGACGUCCAGGCUGAGCUGGACCGGAUCGCCAAUAAAUCCGACCUGGACUCGGCUCCUAUUGCCACCACGCCACCUGCUGAAAAUGAUGAAUCCUGAACAAGAGGCGGGGUUUAUUCACUGUCAAGCCCCUCCCCUUUUACACUGCUCUCUCCGCCCACCCUGAACCUGCCUCCCUUCUGCCGCCUCCCCUCCUCUCGCUCACUCUUCCUCUUGAUCUUGUUCAGAUUUGGGGGGGGGGAUUUAUUCCUGUUUAUUCCUUGUAAGGCCAGUGACUUGAAGUUGCAUGUCAGGCAUAUAAUGAUGCUAUGUCUGUCUCCACACACGCACACAUGUACAGCGGAUGGUUCCGUUAAACAGAGACAGACUGAAGGAAGGUUAACGUAGAAAUUAAGGACACUAAAAGAGAUGCUUAGAAAGGAAAUUGAAAUGUAGAUUCAAGUCAGAAUUAGAAAGUGAGGGGUAUGUACACUUUUUGUGUAUGCAAGUUAGAUUCUUUUCCAUGGUUUUGGUAGUGAAUUACCUUCUUGCGAGAGAAGAACCGUGAAUGUCUACAGUGAAUGUCACUCGGCUUAUAACAAACAAAUGCUCAUUUUUACUUAUCUAAACGUCUUAUUAAGCCUCGUGAACAAAAAACAAAUAGAAAAAUAAAGGGAAGUAUCACAUUUCAGUCAUUAUAGCAACAGAGAAGGAUAUGAUCAAACAAAUAUGUUGAAUGUGGUCACCUUGUGUUGGUAUUUUCAUUAAAUUGUUGUCUUCAGCAUUCUUAAAGGGAUAGUCUACCCAAAAAUUUAAAUUGUCACAUUGUUCCAAACCCAAAUGUGUUUCUUUCUUUCAUGGAGCACAAAAGGAGAGGUUAGGCUCAAUGUUGGGACUGACAGUACGUCACCAUUCACUUUCAAAAAAAAAAAAAAAAAAGGAUGCAUUGAAAGUGAAUGGUGACUGAGGCUAACAUUCUACCUAAUAUCUCCUUUUGUGUUCCACAGAGAAAAGUAAGUCAUCUGGGUUUGAAACAACAUGAAUGUGAAUAAAUAAUGACAGAAUUUGUAUUUUUUUUUUUUUUUUUUUUUU